UGUUACACAGGGGUACACACAGCUGAAAAGUACAUUAGGAAACAAAUGUAAUCUGGUGUGAUGUGAUGGAUGGCACCAACAAAAACAAAAAAAAGAUGUGCACUGAAGUCAUUCUCAGAUGCGCCCACCUUUCUGCCGUGGUGGCUCGACAGGAGUCCCACACCGAUGGAGUCCAAAGGGGCCGUCACCCGCUUGCUGUAGCAAAAGAGAGGGAAGGUGGUGGAGAGGGGAAAAUCAAACAAACAUACAAACAAAACAAAACGAAUGUGGACGUUUGGGCUAGAUGCCUCACAUCGUGUGUGUCUUGCCCCACACUUACUGCUUGUGCCUGCGCCGAUUGCGACCAACGUGCUGGGAGGCAGGCAGCCGCUCAAGUGGGGUCAAGAAGGGGGUCAUCUGGUUAUGGCGGGAGCCCCAGUCUUGAGUUGUCUCCCCCGAGUCACCUGGGAAGAGAGGAAGAACACAGAUGAGUACAUGAUUACAACAUCACUCUGGAUCUGAUGAUUUAUUGUUUACACGUCUGGGCCAUAUCUGGAUAGAACUGGAAGGGACAACAGCAGAUGAAGCAACCAUAGGAGACGUCAACCUGUGAAACGACCUGUUAAUCGUUAUGUCUGGACCAGGGUACCCUUCCCCUCACCAGGGUCCUUACCCUGUGCCUCAACCUGGUGGAUAUUCCAUGCACCCAUAUCCCAUGUCCCAGCCAGGCUACGGUGACCCCGGCCAAGCGCCUCCUCCUGUUGGGUUUCACAUGGGUUACCAGCCCUCUCCAGACCAGCCAGUCAUGUACCAACCCGGCCCGGUUAGCCCAGGUCCACCCAUGCCAAUGCAGGAGUAUGGAGGGCCAGCUCCCCCCCAGUACCAGCACUCGGGACCUGGAGCCCCUCCAUACCAGCCCUCAGGACCAGCUGCACCUGUGGCCCCCGCACCAGUCUCAGUGCCAGUGGGUGUGCCACCGGGCCUGGAGUACCUCUCACAGAUUGAUCAGAUUUUGAUACAUCAGAAAGUAGAGCUUCUGGAAGCAUUCAUCGGCUUUGAGACCAACAACCAGUAUGAGAUCAAAAACAGCAUGGGGCAGAAGAUUUACAAGGCUAAGGAGAAGAACGACUGUUGUACUCGCAACUGCUGUGGCUCGCUACGUAGCUUUGACAUGAAGAUUAAGGACAACGGUGACCGUGAGGUCAUUCGGCUCGUGAGGCCCUUCCGUUGUGCGUCCUGCUGGUGUCCCUGCUGCCUUCAAGAGAUGGAAGUACAAGCACCACCUGGUACCACCAUUGGUUAUGUCACCCAGGACUGGAACGCUUGCUAUCCCAAAUUCUCUAUUCGAGGCCCAAACCGUGAGACGGUGAUGAAACUAGAAGGGCCAUGCCUUGCCUGCAAUUGCUGUGGAGAUGUGAACUUUGAGCUGAAGGGGAAAGAUGGUGGUCAUAGUAUUGGCCGUAUCAGUAAGCAGUGGAGUGGUCUACUCAAAGAGGUGUUCACGGACACGGAUAACUUUGGCAUCCAGUUCCCUCUGGACAUGGAUGUCAAAAUGAAGGCCGUGCUGAUGGGUGCUUGCUUCCUUAUCGAUUUCAUGUUCUUUGAGAAAGUUGGGGACACCAAUCAGCGCAACACUGUUUUCUCAUAAGAGGAUGAGCAGGGAUGUCCACAAGUCAUCCCACCAUCCCCUGUGGAAAUGUCAACGUCUAGCUUAGGCUCUUCAGCCACUCCUGAGCUACUGUGUUGCUCGCUCCAGUAAGCCAUUUGUUGCUUCAGAAAUGAGAGUGUCACCUUUUCUACUCCAAGCUGUCACAUCCUUCCUUUUCUUGUGUCACUUACACACACACAGUCAUGUUCUCUCUACUCUAUAUGUUUUAUUACUACAUUUGUAUCAAGGUUAAUAUUAGCCACAUCUACUAUUUUUUUUUUUUUAUAGUCAUUAUUAUUUACCAAAUGUCAAAGUUUGUUUGAAAUAGAUAUUUUAUAUUACUUAUCUGUAAAGGCCAUUUUAUACAAUUAAUAUGCAGUUUUUUUAAUCAUCCUGGUAAAUGUUGUGAUGUAUUUGUAAGUAGGUUGUGGGCGAGUUGGUUUUGUAAUGUAUUCCUUUUUGUUUGAUGUAUGUGCAUAACAGUGAAAUGGCAACAAAAGUAGGUGUGUCACAAUGAGAGGUUGUGUAAGAUUGUAUUAGCUGGGAAUGCAGGCGAGAGAGGGUGAGGAAAAUCUGAGUCACUCUUUCCUGCGAGGUCACUGAAAGUUUGGAUGUUGUACCAAUAGGAAGGAAAGUCCACAACACAUUGACCUGUUACAGUAUAACAGAUGAACGGAGUUUACAUGUGGGGAGGCAGGGGGUAUCUAAGUUGGAAAUGAAAAGGCACUGGACUUGAAGAAUGCUCUUAUUCUCAUUCAGGAAAGCUCUACAUAAUUACAUGCCUUAACACAUGGGCUUCAUAGGGUGUGGAACAGUCCCUCCAGAGAGCUUUAUAGGUUUAGCCAAAGAGAAAUGACACCCAUCUGUUUUGUGUGUAGCAGCUAAAAGCAAGACGAGGUGCUCCUAGAAAGGCUGCGCUUGUCUUGGGUUCACUCUCAAAAGCAGCUUGUUGUCAGGGAUGAAUAGUGGUUCCUGUGUAUUGAGAAAAUAAACCUCCAAGAAGUGUGGUGUGUAAUGACAUGCACGGGAGAGGAGCGAGAGGCCAAGUGGAAAUUUGGAUCAUGUGGGACCCGCAGCCAACAGAACUGGAUUAUCAAGUUCUCUGUCCAGCCUUUAGAACAAUGCCUCUUCAGGACACCUGAUGUUUAAUGAUGCAUGCAUCGUUUAUCAUGAUAAUGAUUUUUGGUCUGCUCUAGAUUUGUUUAUUGGGUGGGCUGUUGGUUUGGUUAGUUGAUUGUAGUAAAGCCAAAAAACCUUAACAGGGGAGUUGACUGAAUGAUGAAGCCAUUGCCUGAACUUUGACAUUUCUGUCCAGUGGUAUUGUGAUGUUUAUGUUAAGUGUUUCUCAUACAUACUCACUAAUAUAUACUAUAUAUAAAAUAUAUAUAUAUAUAUAUAGUAUAUAUUAGUAUCAUACACCAUGUGCCAUAUACCAAAUGGCUAAAGACUGUCAUCAGAGAAAAAUGUCAAUUAUCCAUGUUCACUAACUGUGGUGCUGUAUUACCAAACACCUAAGUGCUUUCAUUCCACGAUCAAUUAAUGCUUAUGUCAAUGUUAUUUUAUUUCAAAUGAACCAAUUUAUAUCAUGUCCAAAUAUUGUCAUUGUAUAAUAAACAAUAAUCAGUAUA